AUGGUGGAGGCCGGCCUGAAGGGCUGGCUGCUCUGGGCCCUGCUCCAGCACCUGGCCUGGAGCGAGCUGUACACGCCCGUACACCAGCCUGGCGUCUGCGCUUUCUACGAUGAGUGUGGGAGCAACCCAGAGCUGUCUGGAAGCCUGGCUUCACUCUCCAAUGUGUCCUGCCUGGACAACUCGCCUGCCCGCCAUGUCACGGGUGACCACCUGACCCUCCUACAGAGCAUCUGUCCCCGCCUCUACACCGGCCCCAACACCACCUACGCCUGUUGCUCCUCCAAGCAGCUGGUGUCUCUGGACAUGAGCCUGCAGGUCACCAAGGCCCUGCUCACCCGCUGCCCCUCCUGCUCCAACAACUUCGUGAGCCUGCAUUGCCACAACACCUGCAGCCCCAACCAGAGCCUCUUCAUCAACGUGACUCGCGUGGCUAUGCGGGGGGAUGGCCAGCUGCCGGCCGUGGUGGCCUACGAGGCCUUCUACCAGCGCAGCUUCGCCGAGGAGACCUACGAGUCCUGCAGCCGCGUGCGCAUCCCCGCCGCUGCCACCCUGGCCGUGGGCUCCAUGUGCGGCGUCUACGGCUCGGCCCUGUGCAACGCCCAGCGCUGGCUCAAUUUCCAGGGGGACACGGGGAAUGGGCUGGCACCUCUGGACAUCACCUUCCACCUGUGGGAGCCUAGUCAGGCCGCAGGGAGCGUGAUUCAGCCUCUGAACGGGGAGGUGGUGCCCUGCAACCAGUCCCAGGGGGACAGCAUGUCGGCCUGUUCCUGCCAGGACUGUGCCGCCUCCUGUCCCGUCAUCGCCCAGCCCGAGGCCCUGGACCCCACCUUCCGCAUGGGCAGGAUGGCGGGGAGCCUGGCCCUCAUCAUCAUCCUCUGCUUGGUCUUCGCCUUGCUCGCCUUCUUCCUCCUCCGGCCUCGCAUGGCCUCGCGCUGCGGCAAGCGCGAGACGCCGGACCGCAAGGCGGGCAUCGGCCUCACCCACAGGCUCAGCCUCUCCACCUACAGCCUCCUUAGCAGGGGCUUCCAGUGCUGGGGCACCUGGGUGGCCUCGUGGCCGCUGACCGUCCUGGUGGUGUCCACCGUUGUGGUGGUGGCCAUGGCAGGGGGCCUGGCCUUCACGGUACUGACCACAGACCCCGUGGACCUGUGGUCGGCCCCCAACAGCCAAGCCCGAGAGGAGAAGGCGUUCCACGACAAGUAUUUCGGCCCCUUCUUCCGCACCAACCAGGUAUUCUUGACAGCACCGAACCGGCCCAGCUACAGGUACGACUCGCUGCUGCUGGGGCCCAAGAACUUCAGCGGGAUUCUGUCCUCCGACCUGCUGCUCGAGGUGCUGGAGCUGCAGGAGAAGCUGCGGCACCUGCAGGUGUGGUCGCCGGAGGAGCAGCGCAACAUCUCCCUGCAGGACGUCUGCUACGCCCCCCUCAACCCGCACAACACCAGCCUCUCCGACUGCUGCGUCAACAGCCUCCUGCAGUACUUCCAGAACAAUCGCACCCACCUGCUGCUCACGGCCAACCAGACGCUGUCUGGGCAGACCUCCCAGGUGGACUGGAAGGACCACUUUCUCUACUGUGCCAACGCCCCACUCACCUUCAAAGAUGGCACGGCCCUGGCCCUGAGCUGCAUGGCUGACUACGGGGCCCCUGUCUUCCCUUUCCUUGCUGUCGGGGGCUACAAAGGGAAGGAUUUUUCUGAGGCAGAGGCUCUGGUCGUGACCUUCUCCCUCAACAAUUACCCUCCUGGGGACCCUCGGCUGGACCAGGCUAAGCUCUGGGAGAAAGCCUUCUUGGAGGAGAUGCAAGCCUUCCAGCGUCGGAUGGAAGGCGUGUUCCAGGUCACAUUCAUGGCAGAGCGCUCCCUGGAGGAUGAGAUCAACAGCAGCACGUUCCAGGACCUGCCCACCUUCGCUGUCAGCUACAUCGUCAUCUUCCUGUACAUCUCCCUGGCCCUGGGCACCUACUCCAGCUGGCGCCGAGUGCUGGUGGACUCCAAGGCCACGCUGGGCCUGGGCGGGGUGGCCGUGGUGCUGGGAGCAGUCAUGGCCUCCAUGGGCUUCUUCGCCUACCUUGGUGUCCCCUCCUCCCUGGUGAUCCUUCAAGUGGUGCCUUUCCUGGUGCUCGCCGUGGGGGCCGACAACAUCUUCAUCUUCGUUCUUGAGUACCAGAGGAUGCCUCGAAACCCUGGGGAGCAACGAGAGGCCCACAUCGGCCGAGCCCUGGGCAGAGUGGCCCCGAGCAUGCUGCUCUGCAGCCUCUCCGAGGCCAUCUGCUUCUUCCUAGGAGCCCUGACCCCCAUGCCUGCAGUGCGGACCUUUGCCCUGAUCUCUGGCCUUGCGGUGCUUCUCGACUUCCUGCUGCAGAUGUCGGCCUUCGUGGCCCUGCUCUCCCUGGACAGCAGGAGGCAGGAGGCCUCCCGGCUGGACUUCUGCUGCUGCAAAGCGCCCCGGGAUGUGCCCCCGCCUAGCCAGGCCGAGGGGCUCCUGCUCCGAUGCUUCCGCAAGUUCUACGCCCCGUUCCUGCUGCACUGGUUCACCCGCGUGGUCGUGAUGCUGCUCUUCCUGGCCCUGUUCGGAGCGAGUCUCUACCUCAUGUGCUUCAUCACCGUGGGGCUGGACCAGGAGCUGGCCCUGCCCAAGGACUCAUACCUGCUCGACUAUUUCCUCUUUCUGAACCGCUACUUUGAGGUGGGGCCCCCGGUCUACUUUGUCACCACUGGGGGCUACAACUUCACCAGUGAGGAAGGUAUCAAUGCCAUCUGCUCCAGCUCAGGCUGCAACAACUUCUCCCUAACCCAGAAGAUCCAAUAUGCCACCGAGUUCCCUGACCAGUCUUACUUGGCCAUCCCUGCCUCCUCCUGGGUGGACGACUUCAUUGACUGGCUGUCUUCAUCUUCCUGCUGCCGCAUUUACAUCUCUGGCCCCAAUAAAGAUGAAUUCUGCCCCUCGACCGUCAGCUCCCUGGCCUGCUUGAAGACCUGCAUCAGCUUCACGACAGGGACCGUCCGGCCGACUGUGGAGCAGUUCCACCGGUAUCUUCCCUGGUUUCUGAACGACAUGCCCAACAUCAAAUGUCCCAAAGGCGGCCUGGGGGCGUACAGCACCUCCGUGAAUUUGGGCCCAGAUGGCCAGGUGUUAGCCUCUCAGUUCAUGGCCUACCACAAGCCGCUGAAGAACUCGCAGGAUUACACAGAGGCUCUGCGGGCAUCUCGGGCGCUGGCGGCCAACAUCACUGCCGACCUGCUGAAGGUGCCGGGCACCGACCCGGAUUUCAAGGUCUUCCCCUACACGAUCUCCAACGUGUUCUACGAGCAGUACCUGACGGUGGUCCCCGAGGGGCUCUUCAUGCUCGGCAUCUGCCUGUUGCCCACCUUCGUCGUCUGCUGCCUGCUGCUGGGCAUGGACGUCCGCUCCGGCCUCAUCAACCUCUUCUCCAUCGUCAUGAUCCUGGUGGACACUGUGGGCUUCAUGACCCUGUGGAAUAUCACCUACAACGCCGUGUCCCUGAUCAACCUGGUCACGGCGGUGGGCAUCUCUGUGGAGUUUGUGUCCCACAUCACCCGCUCCUUUGCCAUCAGCACCAAGCCCACCCGUCUGGAGAGGGCUAAGGAGGCCACCAUCUCCAUGGGCAGUGCGGUGUUUGCAGGAGUGGCCAUGACCAAUCUGCCUGGCAUCCUCGUCCUGGGCCUGGCCAAGACGCAGCUCAUCCAGAUUUUCUUCUUCCGUCUCAACCUCCUCAUCACUCUGCUGGGCCUGCUGCACGGCCUGGUCUUCCUGCCGGUCGUCCUCAGCUACGUGGGGCCUGAGGUCAACCCAGCUCUGCUGCAGCAGCAGAAGCGGGAGGAGGAGGCGGCUUCGGCCAAGGAGGCCUCCUGCUCAAAGCACCCCAUCCCAAUGAGCACGGCAGACAACAUCUAUGUCAACUCUGGCUUCGAGCAUCCCGACAAGAGUGUGAAUGGUUCUGACAGCUCCCAGCCACACAAUAGGCAGCAGUUCUGAUGGAGCCAGAGCUCAACGGCCCUGACCUAAGGGGCCAUGAGGGUUCCCCUGUGUGGGGGAUCCCUUGAUCUAUAUUUCCCCUCAGGGCCUGGGAGAGGCUGUCCCCACAGGAGUGCCUGCCUGCAAUAGGACACGCUCUGGCCACCAGCUCUCAUCCAUAAGGACCCACGAUUGUGGUAGAAGUGGCACGUGAUGGUGUGGGCAUGAGCUGCCCCUGAUGCGUCUCUUCGACUUGACGUGUGUCCUCCUCAUGCAAGUUUUAAAACUUUAGUUCCAUCUAUGUAA